AAUGUAUUUUUUUGUUUUAUUUGAAUUGGCGAAAUUAAAUAAAUUAAAAUGUUUGUUUGGUAAACGACCUUUUCUCUGUACUCAUGUUCGACGCACGUGGAUCGAAGAGGCGCGUCGUGAUGACGUCACGCGACGCGUCUCGGAACAAACCUGCGGAAAACCCGCGUUAAUUCUGAAAAAUUGCAAGCUCCUCCGAAUAUCGCGGGGUUCGCUUGAGUUCGCGUACACUUCAGUGAUCCGGGCGGGACCGGGUGAAAUGAGGAUCUGCUACGGAAGUCGUGUUUAAAAAAAUACUAGACCUUACGGCCAUUUAAAAAUAGGUUUUUUUUGUUUUGAUUUUUAAUACAGCGAUUGGUAUGAUCCGGGUUUAUCCGCCAAAACACCACGUUGAACCGCGCUCGGUCCGCCAGUUGACGACCCCUGCUAUAGAACACGACUAAUGGGUUAAAGCACAUAUACUCUAUUUCAUAGCACUGUAGGUGUACGAAGCCUUUUUGCUUUUUCCUGAUCAAGAAUUAAAAUGUAAUAAUGUUUGUGUCUAUGUGGACCGGUUGUAUUGCAAGGUGGUCUGUGAUUUAAAAAAAAUAAAAAAUUAACUUUUUUUUUUGCGCUCAAGGUUAUGAUUAAAGGCUACAUGUGUGUGUGUGUGUGUGUUGUGGUGGUAAUGUUGUGAGACACUCUGUCAUGGCUGUACGUGAGUAACUAGGCCUAUCUAACCAACCUGUUUCUUUUUUCUUUUCUUUUUUUUCCUUUUAUUUAUUUCUUUUUUUGACCCAAAUGAAGAAAUAAAAAGUAUGCAGUGUUGUUAAUAAACGAUGGUAUCCUAAAUGAGCUGAUCUGUCCCUGGAAUUGAAAAAAAAAGAAAAACAAACACAACAAAACAUUGCUUGUCCUCGUGACGUGCAGGAUGGCUUACUGCGUUAAUUAAUUUGGUUUCUGUAUGUUUUUUCUGUGUUGAUUAUGUGUGCAUAUCAGAUGACUAGAGUGGCCCAGGCGUUACAGUACUACACUAGCCUGACUCAAGGCUUUGUUUUCCAAGCCACUAAACCCGCUGGGGCCCACGCUGCCUUCAAGGGGGGAUUGUGACCAGGAGCGUAGCCGCUGAACCUUCCAAGAUGGACACCUUGUCUCUUUUUUUUUUUUUUUUUUCUGUUUCUUUUCCUUUUGUCUCUUUUAUUUUUUUUUCUCUGACAUUGUGUCUUGCCUCUUCGAAGAGGCUGUUGCAUAUUUCAUUGUGUUUGUUUCUUUUUUUUUUUUUUCCUUUUUUUUUUUUUUUCUUCUGUCCCCAAGUCCCCACCAUUCCUCCUCUUCCCUAUGCAGUUGUCCACUUUUGCGUGUCUCUCAAAGCUGUCCAGGUUGGCAUCCAGUAAUGGAGGGGAAUUUGAACGGUACACAGGCAGCCGUGGCUGGCGAUUAAUUCUGAUCUCUGUGUCUAAUCUCUCUCUCUCUUUCUCUCUCUCUCUCUCUCUCUAUCUCUCUCUCUCUCUCUCUCUCUCUCUCUCUCUCUCUCUGUCGGCAUUGCCAUGCUUUCACUUUGACUUAAGGAUCCUGUAUGAUAACCACAAAUGAGUACUAUAUUAACUUGAAUUAACCUCUACUUAAGAACUAAGGAAGUUACAGAUUAUUGGCUAUUUGCUUAAAAGGAAUCAGAAUUUUUUUUUUUUUUAUUGAAUCAGUUCAAUUCUAAUCUAUCUACGUGCUUUCCUCACCCAACACUAUCAGUUAUUAGACAGUCUUUCACUCGGCGCAUGCAAGAAUGAAUUAGACUAGCAGAGUUAAUAGAAAGAAAAGGAAGCUGCUUUAAUGUUUUCCCCCCCCUGAGUUAAACUUUUACAGGGGGGAGAGACGGGAUUUUUGAAAGACACUUAAAAUGUUCUUCUCUUCUGUAUCUGAUGUUCUGUGUGCUAUUAGUGACGCAGCCAACAUGAACGGUUGUCUUGUGUUGCACACCCUUUCCAACACUGCGACACGAUUGCCCCAAGGAGAAAAGCGCCCAUGCAUGAUAUCGUAUGGUUCAUGCCCAUUAUGUUUCCAGUACAGAAGGGAGAAAGUGCUGUUGCUCUCCAUUGCUCGCUCUCACAUCAGGUCACUUGCCCCGUAGGAAAGAUCCCAGAGGAAGCCAAGGCUCUGUCCCUUCUGGCACCCGCAGCCCCAGUGCCCAGUUUGAUGCCCGGCGGAGGACUGCUGCCCAUCCCCAGCCCUGCCCCGCUGCAGAACCAGUUGGGUUUGCCGCUGGCAGCACGGGCCCCACUGCACCUCGGGCUCGACUCGCCGCUGAGCGCCAUCUCCUCUCAACCCCCCAUCAUGGGCAACGUGGACCCUUCCAAAAUCGACGAGAUCCGCAGGACGGUGUAUGUCGGCAAUCUCAAUUCUCAGACCACCACGGCAGACCAGCUGCUGGAGUUCUUCAGGCAGGUCGGCGAGGUGAAGUUUGUGCGCAUGGCAGGAGACGAGACUCAGCCGACGCGCUUUGCCUUCGUGGAGUUUGCCAACCAGGACUGUGUGGCUCGAGCGCUCGCUUUCAACGGAGUCAUGUUUGGGGACAGACCUUUAAAGAUCAACCAUUCCAACAACGCCAUUGUGAAGCCUCCGGAGCUGACUCCUCAGGCUGCUGCUAAAGAACUGGAGGACGUGAUGAAGCGCGUGAGAGAGGCUCAGUCCACCAUAGCGGCAGCCAUCGAGCCAGUAGAGGACAAAAAGCGCUCCUCCAGCAGAUCCAGGAGAUCAAGAAAGUCCCAUUCCAGAUCUCGCUCUCAUUCCCGUUCUCGCUCGCAACGGAAACGCUCCCGAUCCAGACACGGGGGCCGGCCGUCUCAGAGCGCGUGGAGGAGGACGGCUGACUCGCACAAGAGACACUCCAGAGACAGGAGAUAUAGCCGCUCACACUCCAGAGAAAGGCGGAAAGACAGGGAUGGGAAGAUGAGGAGGGGGGCUGAUGCUGACGAUAGGAGAAGGGACAAAAAGGGAAGAAUGCCUUUUAAAGGUUACAGAGGAUCCUCGAGAUCCCCCAGCAACAGCAGGGGACACAGGAAGAGGAGCAAAUCACGCUCCAGAUCUGUAAGGAAGAAAGCAAGGUCUCCAUCACCAAAAAGAGGAAAGAAAGACCGGAGGAGAGAACCUGGGCGGGACAGCGGUAGGGAGUGGAGAGCGAGAUCAACAUCCCGGAGGAGGAGCAGAGACUCGGACAGGCAGAAGAGCAAAGCCAAGUCCAAACAGAUGGAGAGCGGGUACAAGCAGAAGGAACAGGACUACGAGAGCGAUGGUGAAGACAUGGGCGGAUCAGGUGUCAGCGAAGACUUUUCUCCUCACGCCCAUCACAACGGCGAGUACAGCAGCAUGCACGCAGACGAGGGCGAGGACUUCUCCAGAGCUGAGUAAAACCCACUGACUGAAUUACGGCGAGCCGACACUUCACCAGGGUUCACAUACUUGAAAUGUUCAUGUUCUUCUUUGUACAGUGUUUUCUCUCUUUUUCUCUCAAUCAUGCUGUUAAGAUUCUUCAAACUGUUUUUUUUUUUUUUUUUCUUUUUCUUUGUGCUACUUAUAGUACGAGAGCUAUAUUGAAAUAUCCUGUAUGCUUGUGUGUGUGUGUGUGUGUGUGUGUGUAUAGAUCCAGAUUUCUAUUUCCUUUCUUCUGUUUUGUCAUUUUUAGAUAUGAAGCACCUCAUGGACCUGCCUCAAUACUCGUCACACUAUCUAAUAUCCUGACUUUUUACUAGAAUCCAGGGGAUCAUUUCUUUUACACUCAUUUAUUGAUAUAGUUAUGCAAAUGCCCUCAGUUAUUAGGAGUAUAACCUUAGUAAUAACAUGUUAAAGGAAAUACGGGGGACACACACACACAUAGUAUGUAAAAAGUGCCUGGGGAAAAAGAUGCACAUAUUAUGUAUAAUUAUAAAGCAUAGAUAUAGCUUGUGCAUUUAUCUCAGUAACCCAUUAACAAGGCUAGUAGUCAGUGCUUUUUAGAUGUAUUUUUUGCACAGUAUUUUGCAUAAACCAGUAAAUAAUGAUGAGGUAUACAGUACUAUUACUGUACAGUGUUACUAAAACCGUCCGUCAGAUUUUUUCAGCUGGGUUUUCUUUUUUCCCGUCAUGUUUUAUGUGCAAGUCUUUAAAAUUGAAGGAAGAAUUGGUGAUAUCUGACUGUAAAAAAAUAUAUAAUAUAUAUAUAUAUAUACACACACACACACACACAAAUAUAUAUAAUAAAAAGUGUGUGCGUGUGUGUAUAUAUAAUAUGUAUAACUGACUUGAGUUCUACAUUCUCAUCCAAAUUUGGGAACAUUACAAAGAUCCUGAAAAUAAAUUUUUUUAUAUAGUUUUGUUUAGUCAAAGAUGUAGUUUGGCCAUACAUGUAUGUAUACUGUAUAUAGUUGAGUACAGAUGUUUGCACACCCUUAGGACAAAAUGACGAUUAAAUAAAAAUAAGAAAAGCAAAAAAAAAAAAAAAAGUGUUAAUUUCAAUAAUGAAGGUUUGUAGUGUAUGUUGUGACAUUAAUAGAAGGGGGGAACGUUUGCAUUUCUUUCCACGCGUGUGAUUCUUCUCUGCAUCGUCAUUUAAUCAGUUCUGGAGUCACUGGAAAAUUUCUUUUUAAACUGUUAUGGAUUGUUGUCUAAUCGCAGGACGUGCCCAUGUGUGUUUCGUAUUUACCUUCCUAGAAUUGUAUUUUGUUCUUGAACUGUAAAACAAAGAUGCAUUUCACUUCUUUUUUUUUUUUUUUUUUUCUCUUCUUUUUUUU